ACUAUCCAAGGGAUUGUUUUGAGAUUUUUCAGAGCUCCAAAGGGAGUUCCAGAGAUGGACUUUACAUCAUCCAACCAAAGGAGGACCCAAUUGUUGUCUCUUGUAACAUGCAGGAUGGUGGCUGGACAGUAAUCCAGCACAUCACAGUCAAUAGUACUGUCGACUUUGAUAGGACCUGGCAGGAUUACAAAUACGGAUUUGGCUCUGUUGAUGACAACCACUGGUUAGGAAACAAAUAUAUGCAUCGGUUAACUAGCAGCUCCGUGCAAUAUAUACUUGGAGUUAAACUUGUAAACCUAAACACUGAAAUCAAAUGGGGACAGUACGAACCACUCCUUAUUGAAGAUGAAGAGUCUCAAUACCGAAUCAGGGUUGGUCUAUACAAAGGCAAUGCCACUGAUGCUCUGACCCUGGAUACAGAAGCUUAUCUCCAUGACAACUAG